UUAAAUAGCGACGCCGCGGCCGAGCACCACCAACGCAUAUAUUUUCUCCUCCCUUUCCUUCCCUCCCUCCAUCCCUGCAAUAAAGGCGCGAGCUUUUUAAGCCGUGGGGUGGAGACGUGGAGUCUAGCUUGCCUGCUCUGCUCUGCUGCCGGCAUGGGCGCGGCGGUGCGGGCACUGCUGCUUCUGGCCCUCGUGGCGGCGGGGGCGGAGGCGCUUAGCCUGGACGUCCACCACCGGUACUCGGCGACGGUGCGGCGGUGGGCGGGGCUGCGCACCGGGCCGGCGCCGGGCACGGCGGAGUACUUCGCCGCGCUGGCGGGCCACGACGACCUCCGCCGCCGCUCGCUCUCCCUCGCCGCCGCAGCCGCCGCCCCCGCGCCAGGAGCGGGCGGGCCGCUCGCCUUCGCCGACGGCAACGACACCUACCGCCUCAACGCCUUCGGAUUCUUGCACUACGCGGUGGUGGCGCUGGGGACGCCGAACGUGACGUUCCUGGUGGCGCUCGACACCGGCAGCGACCUCUUCUGGGUGCCCUGCGACUGCCUCAAGUGCGCCCCGCUCACCUCGCCAGAAUACGGGAAUCUGAAGUUCGAUGUGUACAGCCCGCGCAAGUCGAGCACCAGCCGGAAGGUCCCCUGCAGCAGCGACCUGUGUGAUCUCCAGACUCAAUGCAGUGCUGCAACCAACAGCUGCCCCUACAAGAUCGAGUAUCUGUCGGACAACACGUCGUCCAACGGGGUGCUGGUCGAGGAUGUCCUGUACCUUGCGACCGAGUCCGGGAAGUCCAAGAUCACCCAAGCCCCCAUAACAUUCGGCUGUGGACGGGUCCAGACGGGUUCGUUUCUAGGCAGCGCCGCGCCGAACGGCCUGCUCGGGCUCGGCAUGGACAGCAAGUCGGUGCCGAGUCUGCUGGCGAGCCAAGGAGUCGCCGCCAAUUCCUUCUCCAUGUGCUUCGGGGAAGAUGGUCAUGGCAGGAUCAACUUCGGGGACACGGGAAGCGCCGACCAGCUGGAAACUCCGCUGAACAUUUACAAACACAAUCCAUACUACAACAUUAGCAUCAUAGGAGCUAAGGCGGGAGGUAAAACCUUCAGCACAAAAUUCAGCGCAGUCGUGGACUCCGGUACCUCGUUCACGGCUCUCUCCGACCCAAUGUAUACCGAGAUUACCAGCGCUUUCCAUAAACAAGUCAAAGAGAAGAGAAAUCAGGCCGAUUCUUCGUUGCCAUUUGAAUAUUGCUACACCAUAAGUGCCAAGGGAGCUCUUAGUCAUCCAAACAUAAGCCUGACGGCGAAAGGUGGCAGUAUAUUCCCUGUCAAUGAUCCAAUAAUCACCAUAACGGAUAUUUCUUCGACCCCUGUUGGCUAUUGCUUGGCUAUUAUGAAGAGUGAAGGUGUUAACUUGAUUGGGGAGAACUUCAUGUCCGGGCUCAAGGUGGUGUUCGACCGCGAGAGGCUAGUCUUGGGAUGGAAAUCUUUCAACUGCUACAGUGUCGACCACUCAAGCAAGCUCCCGGUGAGCCCGAACCCCUCGGCCGUCCCUCCGAAGCCCGCCUCCGGACCAGGCAGCUCAAACCCCGAAGCCGCGAAGCGCCCUUCGCCGAACAUCACCCAGAUCGACACAGCCAAGCCUUCGUCCGGCUCGUCGAUCCACUUGCAUUUCAGCUGGACCUUCCUCUUCACCGCCAUCGCUCCGCUGUUCCUCGCCAUUCUCUGAUCCCGCCAUUGCCUUGUAUUGGUUUGAAGUUGACAUGGAUACAUGAUCACACGCUCUCACACUCUUUUUUUGUAGUUGCCGUAGGAGUUGGUACAGUACAGGAUAGAACACACAGGAUGAGUUGAGUUGCAUAGGUAGACCUAGGCCAUUUUAACUUUGAUUAUUAAUUUCACGUGUUGAUAUGUAUACACUCGUAAUAACGCGCUCCGCCGAGGGGUUUGUGACUAGGUGGACGCGCAUGUGUAUGUACUGAAACCACAGAAUAAAUGAGACUGCCGUAUACUUUGCGCA